AUGGGAUUCCACACUCGGCUUAAGUCAAAUCCCAAGGCAGGGAUUCAAUAUCAUUCCCAGACACGAUACUCCGUCUGCGGGAUCGCAAUCCUCCACGGAGCAUGCAUUCGGUGCCAGCGGGUCGAUGCAGCCUGUGUCUACAGCUUCCCUACAGUGUCCCGAAAGGUCUCGGUGCCUGUGAAGCAGAGGAGGAAGCGUCCCCUCUCCCGACCACCCACCAGCACUCGGGGCACUCAGCGGCUGGCCUCGGGGGCCCCAGGGGCCCCAGGGGCCCCCGGGGGCGCGGUAGGCCUGCAGAGCCUGGAGCCCGACGCCCUGAACCAGCCCGGGGACCUUCUGACGCCCGCCCCAACGGAGAAGCCCGCGGAGAUGGGACCAGUUUGAUCUGCUGUUUCUGGAUGCCCAAGACAAAGACCCUUCCACUGCCCGUUGUCCUUCUUGCCUCCCCCGAGUGGCGAAUGGUCUGCCGGCCUGCAGGGCCAGACACUGCCAGUCUUUUCGCCGCUGAAGUGUCCGACACCACUGGCAGGAGACGGGGGCCUGAGUAAGCCUAAGUGAUGGGGCUCCAAGCCUAAGUGAUGGGGCUCCAAGCCUAAGUGAUGGGGCUCUAAGCCUAAGUGAUGGGGCUCUAAGCCUAAGUGAUGGGGCUCUAAGCCUAAGUUAUCGGGCUUAAAGCCUAAGUUAUCGGGCUUAAAGCCUAAUUAAUGAGGCUUAAGCCUAAGUGGUAGAGCCCAAGGCCAAACCAAGCCCGUCGAGUGGAUGCAACGGCUGUUUCAAUUACAUUUCAGCUUCUACCAGGACCCCGUGGCAGAUGAGUACAGAGUAUAGACUAAGUAAUCAGUAAUUUUAAUAAGACAAC